AUGGCUGAUAUCCCCACCGUCAAGCUCAGCAGCGGCCACGAGAUGCCCCAGGUCGGCUUCGGCCUCUGGAAGGUUGACAACGCCACCUGCGCCGACACCGUUUACGAGGCCAUCAAGGCUGGUUACCGUCUGCUGGAUGGUGCCUGCGACUACGGCAACGAGAAGGAGUGUGGUGAGGGUGUCGCCCGCGCCAUCAAGGAGGGCAUCGUGAAGCGCGAGGACCUCUUCAUCGUCUCCAAGCUCUGGCAGACCUACCACGAGGAGCAGCACGUCGAGCCCAUCACCCGCCGACAGCUCGCCGACUGGCAGAUUGACUACUUCGACCUCUUCCUCAUCCACUUCCCCGUCGCCCUCGAGUACAUCGACCCCUCGGUCCGCUACCCUCCCGGCUGGCACAUCGACGACGCCCAGACCGAGAUCCGAUGGGGCAAGGCCACCAACCAGGAGACCUGGGGUGCUAUGGAGAAGCUCGUUGAGAAGGGUCUGGCCAAGUCUAUUGGUAUCUCCAACUUCCAGUCCCAGGCCAUCUACGAUCUCCUCAAGUACGCCAAGAUCCGACCCGCCACCCUCCAGGUCGAGCUUCACCCCUACUACCAGCAGACCGAGCUCGUCCGCCUGGCCAAGGCUGAGGGCAUCGCCCUGACUGCCUACUCCUCCUUCGGCCCUGCCGGCUUCAUCGAGCUCGACAUGGACCGUGCCAAGGACGCUGUUCCCCUGAUGCAGCACGAGGUCUUCACCACCCUCGCCGAGAAGUACGGCAAGACCCCCGCCCAGGUCCUCCUCCGAUGGUCUACCCAGCGAGGCAUCUCCGUCAUCCCCAAGUCGACCCGUCCCGACCUCAUGCAGGAGAACCUGGCCUCUGUCAACUUUAACAUUGAUGAGGAGGACAUGGCCCGCAUCGCCAAGAUGGACCUGCACCUCAAGUUCAACCAGCCCACCAACUACUUCCCCACCGAGAAGCUCUGGAUCUUUGCUUAG